UUUGAUGGGGAGAACAUGUAAGAGAAAACAAUAAAUUGCAUUUAGACAGUUCUGCCCUGUGUUAUUGUGUGCUUCACUUGAAUCAUUUACAUGGUCGUAGGUGGAGCCUUUUUUAUUGAGUAGCACAGCUGUUUUGCUUAUAAAAGUCAUCAAGUGUAAGUUCAGAGCUUUCAGUUUUGGUAUUUCUUUGGAGGUUUGGUCUAGUUCAAUACAGCUCCCUCCCAGCCAUCCCUUCCUUCCUUGUCUUGUGGCCUUAAAUUCCCCUGAAACGCCUCUGAAUUUGCUCCCAUUACUCUUCCCGCUGCCGCCCGAUCGGGAGACCCCGCGUCCCACACCGCGCGCCCCUGUGGAGCUCCUGCAGGCGCCAGGCGGGACUUCCUCUGUGCUGCGGAUGCGACAGUGGGAUGAACGGUCAGAAAGGGCUUGGUCGGGCUGUCACCGGUCUGUGUGCGCCUCUGGACGGCGGAGAGCUCGGCUGACGACUGCGCCGCUGUUGCCGCUGGAGCCAGAGCUGGAUCCCCGUGGAUGAGCGUCCUCAUCGGAUAUGUUGCUCUGAGAGCGCCGCCUGUAUCCGCCCCGCCACCAUGUCCGAUGUGACCAAGAUUGUCCAGAAGUGGCACGCCAGUUUUAGAAAAGCCACAGACUUUGACUCCUGGGGUCAGUUAGUGGAGGCCAUAGAUGAGUAUCAUAUUUUGGCCAGACAGUUGCAAAAACAGGUGCAGUCAACAAAUUCACCCGAUUUCACGGAGGAGCAGAAGAAAACUUUAGGAAAGAUUGCAACAUGUUUGGAAAUGAGAAGUGCAAGUCUGCAGUGCACACAGACCAAGGAGGACUUCAAGUUAGAAGACCUGAAGAAACUGGAAAACAUCAUCAAAAACAUUCAGACCUAUAACAAAGAGUUUCCUUUCGAUGUCCAGCCGGUUCCCUUACGGAAAAUCCUGGCUCCAGGUGAGGAGGAGAACCUGGAGCUGGAGGGGGAGGAGGACGCAGCAGCAGGAGGAGCAGGAUCCACGGAGGCGUUCCCUCCUCGAGCUCCUGCUUCGCAAGGUACACUGUUGCCACGGUUACCCUCAGAGCCAGGAAUGUCGCUGCUGACGAUAAAGAUUGAGAAAAUCGGGCUGAAGGACGCGGGGCAGUGCAUCGAUCCCUACAUGACCAUCAGUGUUAAAGAUCUAAAUGGUGUGGAUGUGAACCCGGUGCAGGACACGCCCGUGGCCACCAGGAAGGAGGACACCUACAUCCACUUCAGUGUGGAGGUGGAGAUCCAGAGACACGUGGAGAAGCUGCCAAAAGGAGCUGCUAUCUUCUUUGAAUUCAAGCACUACAAACCCAAGAAGAGAUUUACCAGCACAAAGUGUUUUGGCUUCAUGGAAAUGGACGAAAUCAAACCUGGACCCAUCGUCAUCGAACUGUACAAAAAGCCCACAGACUUUAAGAGGAAGAAACUUCAACUACUAACAAAGAAACCACUUUAUCUCCAUCUUCAUCAGACGUUACACAAGGAUAGUUAAGUCUGAGAACACCUCCUCCUCCUCUUCCUCCUCCGAUUCAUUUUUAAUCUACAUCCACAUCCAAAAAGACAAAUGUUUUUUCCACCUCAUCACAUGUAGCAAUACUGACUCCGGGCGUCCGUCUGUUUGUUUGAUCUGGAGAACUGAAAGGGAACUGAGCCAAACACCAGUCACAUCAGCUCAAGACUGCCACUUUUUUUUUUAUACUUUUUGAUUUUUGGUUGAUAAAUGCACAUCACAUCUGCUGCAGGAAAUCUCCCCAGUCUUCCUUCACGCUCAGAGUUUGGUGAAAAAGACACAAAUCUGAGCUGGUGCUUCAUUUCAAUGACAGACAUUUCAAGAAUUGUUGGACAUGGAGCUUUGGACUGAUUUUUUUUUCUUUUUUUCAAAUCAUUUUUUUGCCAAAAUAUGUUGGAAGUUGUGUUUCUGAAUAAACAACCUGUUAACAUAAUCACUUUGUUUGCUUUAAAUCCACCACGAGUGCAUUCUUCAGGUCCGCGGUGGUUUCUGGAGACAUGAGACAGACACUCAGAACUCAAACCUGUCCACCUGGGAAUUUUGCUCUCUCAAAAGCUAUAUUUAAAUCUCAAUAUAUAAAUAUAUAUUUAAAAAGUAAAAUAGCUGAAAUUUAGCUCAAGAACAAGCUACAAAUCUAGGAUUCAGUGUUAAAAAAACCAACCAAACAAAACCAAACAAUGUUUAGCUAAAACGUUAUCGUU